AUGAUUCCUCAAGUCGCCUUGUAUUUCCUUUUCAUUGGCACUUGGUUCAUUCAACUCUUAACUCUGAUCAUUAUUUCCAUUUUCAAGACACGAGAUUUCUCUUCGUAUCCAUUUCUAACGUUGACUCUCUAUUCCGUAUCAUCCUUGUGUUAUGAUUUAGCCUUUGUGUUGACCAAACCAAUUCCGAUGAAUAUUUCCUUCAUGAAUCGAAUGUUGGAUCAGAUCAUGGUUCGACAAGGACACUAUGAAUUAUUUAUUUAUUUCACAAGCACAAUCAUUACAGUGAUCUAUGAUUAUUAUAUUUAUUAUCAUUUCAAUAAGUCUGAAAAUUUCAAUGAUGAAAGAAUUUUAAAUAAUAAUAGUGCUCAGAAUCAAGGAGAACAACAACAUGUUUCUAUUCCAUCAAGGAAUUAUUUUAAUAUUUUGACAUGGAUCCGAAUGUUACUCAUGAGCACUCUUGUAUUGGCAGUGAAUAUUUAUGGAUGCUAUUUAUUGAACAACACUGCGUACAAGAAUUCAAUAUUUAUUCGAAUACUACCUUUACCACAUGUGAUUCUUCAUGUGAUAUUUUACGUCACAGAAAUGAUUAAAUAUUGUAGAACUCGAGGAAGUGAGCUCUACUUAACUCGAGAAAUUGAACAACGACACCAAGAGAAUCCAUCAUUGAAAAAACAAAAUUAA